AGGUCCAUGGGCUAUCAAAAGUCAAAUAAUGACAAUAGUGCAAUUGUGACGAGGGUGGGCAAAGUUGGGGGGCCCAAAAUUCUAAUCUUUCAUGGGGCCCAAAAUUUCUGGCGGCGCCCCUGAGUAUGAGUAAAGGGAAAAAAGAGAGACAAAUAAAAACAAGUAGAGGAAUACAGAGGAAGGGAUUUUAUGAGAAUUGAGGGAGAAAGAUAAUAGAAAAAAGAAGAGAAAAUGAGAGCAGAUGUAGAUGACGGUUAAACAAAACGAAAAUAGAGCAAUAAGAGAAGAAAUGAGAAGAAAGGAGUAGAGACAAAAAGGGAAAUAGAAAAGAGAGAUCGAGUAAGAAUCAAAGGAAUAGAGAGAAAAAAAGGAAAGCAGGAACUGAAGAAAAAAGAAGGAAGAAAAAAGAUAAAACUCAAACAAACAUGAAAGAUAGCAGAUACUAAAAAAACAAGGGAGAAGAAGAGAAGGAAAAAGAAGAAGAAGGAGAAGAAGGAGGAAGGACAAGAGAAGAGAAGGAAAAGAAGAGCAUAGGAAGAGAAGAGAAGUGAAGUGAAGAAGAAGCGACAAAUGUGUAUAUAUAAUAGAAAAGAGAUACAACAGAAAUUGAGAAACUAGACAGAGAAGAGAAAAGAAAAGCAGGAAUUGGGUAGAAAAAAGAAGGAAGAAAAGAUAAAAUGCAAACAGAAAUGUGAAAGAGAGCAGGUACUGAAAAGAAUCAAGAGAAAAGAAGAAGAAGGAGAAGAGAAGGGAAAGAAGAGAAUCGAAGAAAACGGAAAGGCAAGAAAAGAAGAGGAUAAGAGAGAAAAGAGGAGCACAGGAAGAGAAGAAGAAGAGAUAAAUGUGUGUAUCUGUAAUAGAAAAGAAAAAUACAACAGAAAUUGAAAAACUAGACGGAGAAGAGAAAAAACAAAAUGAAAAGAAAUCUGAGUUAACACUGGAAGGAAAAAGAGAACAGAAGAGAAAAGACGAGAAGAAAUUAGGGAGAAAGGAGACAAAAGAAAACAGAUAAUACAAAAACAGAAAAGAGAAAUAGAGACGGUUUUGAUAAAACAGAGGAAGAAGAGAAGCAGUGAAGAGAAGAAGGAGAGGAAGUGAGAGAACAAAGUGAGAAAAAGGAAAUGGGGAGAAGAUGAGAGAGAGCAGAAGAAGAAGAGAUUAGAAGAAGAAGAAUAAACAGCAGCAGAGGAGUGGAUGAAAGGAUUGUCGAGCUGAUGAGUGGAGCGAUCUCCUGUCACUUCCUCCUCCAUGGAGUUGAACUGUAACUCAGGGGGCGAUAGGGAGCGGAUGACGUCCAAUCAUGAGACGUACCUGCUCAUGGCCAGCACGCAGAAUGACAUGGAGGACUGGGUUAAGACCAUCCGCAGGGUCAUAUGGGCCCCGUUUGGAGGAGGUAUUUUUGGUCAAAAGCUGGAGGAAACGGUACGGUACGAGCGCCGGUACGGGAAUAAGCUGGCCCCCAUGCUGGUGGAACAAUGUGUGGAUUUUAUCCGACGCUGGGGACUGCAGGAGGAGGGUCUGUUCCGUCUCCCUGGGCAAGCCAACCUCGUCAAAGAGCUGCAAGAUGCCUUCGACUGCGGAGAGAAACCAGCCUUCGAUGGUAAUACAGACGUGCACACAGUGGCAUCUCUGCUGAAGCUCUAUCUGAGGGAGCUUCCUGAACCCGUGAUCCCUUUCUGCAAGUACGACGAGUUCCUGGCCUGCACCAAAUUAUUUAGCAAGGACCAGGAAGCAGGAAUGAAGGAAUUAAGGAGACAAGUGGAAAGUCUACCUCUAGUCAACUAUAAUCUACUAAAAUACAUAUGCCGGUUCUUGGAUGAAGUGCAGUCUUACUCAGGAGUGAAUAAGAUGAGCGUGCAGAACCUGGCGACAGUCUUCGGUCCAAAUAUUCUGAGGCCCAAAGUUGAGGAUCCUGUGGCGAUAAUGGAAGGUGCAGUUCUGGUGCAGCAGCUCAUGGCCGCUCUCAUCGGCCAACAUGCCGCUCUCUUUCCCCUGGACGAGGACAGUCCUGGUGCUCUGGAGUCGUGCAACAACAACAACGAUCCCUUGAAACGCUCCACCACUGGACAACUGCAAAAUAAAGAGAAUAACAACCCCGCUAUCAUCCGUCAGUGCACCUGGGAAGCGCCUGAUUCUCCCGGACGAGUCUCUCUGGAUAACGGCUCACCUCGUUCGGGCAGCCCAAGAAACAUUCCUGCUGUGCCACGCUUUGAAGUGACCCGAAGUCCUCCUCUGACUGUCAAGAAGAACCCGGCGUUCAACAAAGGAAGUGGCAUCGUCACCAACGGCUCCUUCAGCUCUUCGUCUUCAUCCUCAGCGGAGGAAAAGAGUCCGACCCUGGUGGGUACAGGUACGCUACACAUGCGCCGCACAGGUGCGCUCAAAUCUCCAGGUACCAAGAUGGGUGUGCAGAAUGGCAGUGUGAGGAUGGGCGUGUGCAGCACGGACAUUGUUAACGGGACCCUCAAUAGCCGAAACGGACUUUGGUCUCCUCCUGGAGGUGUGACGCUGCGGGAAGCCAAAGGCCGUGACGCAGAGCAGCAACAGAACCGCCUCUCGACGUACGACAAUGUUCACAUACAGCAGACGCCAUGCCUACUGGGACAGCCGUGUGCAAGCAACAGUUGCGAGGACAAGCAGAGCGUGGACAGCGCCACCUGGUCCACGUCGUCCUGCGAGAUCUCACUGCCGGACGUCUCUGCAUCAUGUCGCUCGUCCACUACUACAUGCCCCGAGCAGGACUUUACUUUCGAGGACCCUUUGCUGGAUGACGGAGAAAGGAGGAACGCUAAUGCUAAUGCCAACACCAAUGGUGGAGGUCGAGGCAGCAGGGGGACGAGUAGCAGUGAGAACAGUGAGGUGGCAUUUCCUGUGAGUGGACACAGUGCCCUCCACAGUCUGGUGGCCAGUCUGAAGCAAGAGAUGCUCAAACAGAAAAGCGAGUACGAGGCCAGGGUAAAGAGUCUGGAGCUGCGUAACGUGGAGCUGGAAGCCGAGAUGAUGAACCUGCACGAGGAGCUGGAGCAGGAGCGCAAGAAGUACACCAUGGUAGAGAUCAAACUGCGUAACGCAGAGCGCGCCAAAGAUGACGCCGAGAAGCGCAAUGAGAUGCUGCAGAAGGAAAUGGAGCAGUUCUUUUCCACCUUUGGAGAUCUGACUGCUGAUCCUCGCAGGCCAGAAAGAGGCAACACCAUCUGGAUCCAGUGAGCAAGAAGGACUAUACCAAGAACUGGAUACUUGAAUGUGGAAAUCUGGGAAUGUGUAGGCUUCAAAUGUGACCAAACUGUCAAAGAGGAAGCCCACUGAGCCAAAGUGUGAAAACUGGACCAGCCAAUAAUGGCAUAAUAUGAUUGUAUCAGUGAAGGAACAGGUGGAGGAACUGGAACGGACCAUUUGGAUGCGAGAAGGAAGUUGGAGGUUCUUUGAAGGUGAAGUUUGAUCCCUGUAAAAAAAGAAAAAAAAAAAACAGGGAGAACUUGAGAAUGUUUCUUUACCCAAAGAAGGACGUAAGAGAAGUGUUGAAGAAACUGUUGCAUUGUGGGUUAUUGAGCUGUUUAAUAGCCUCAAGCUUUACAUGAAGAAGAACCAAGAAAGAAUGUCACAUUUUCAACUGUGAUCCAACCAAAUCAUGUCCUUGCUCUAGGUUCCCUUGUUCCGUGUCCUCGUGUACUCUCUGUAUAUAAAGCAAAGCAAUGUUGAAGAAUUUUGAAGCAAAACAGAUGUAUGUAUAAAAAGCAAACUGAAAUAUUUUAAUGUAUGUCUGAUAUUUAAACUGAGAAUUAUUGAUGUGUCAGAUUUUUUUGUUUUUAAAUAUCAAGCUUUCGCCCUUCACUUAGAUUUUUUUUUCUGGCCAAUAUGGUACUGAAACUAAAGCUGGUGCUGUUUUCCAGGCUUCGUUUUGGAUUCAAAUGUCUUGGAUUUGGCCCAUGACCAAAAAGCAUGGAGAUAUACCUGGACAUGUUUUUAGAAUAUCUGAUAAAUACUGUGUAAGUAACAGUCAAAAUAAGGGUCAGUGGUUAUCGAAUUGAGCGUGUGCUGAUAUUAAAAAGGUUAGUAUACAUGUAGAUUGGUACAAAAUCAAUCAAAUUUACCAGCCACUACCACCACCAAAUUUAUUCGCGGUUGGUGUCUGAUGUUUGUUUGCUUCUUUAAUUUUGCAAUAAAGGUACGGAGCUGAUGCAGAUAUCAAAUAUCAGAAAGAAAUCUGUCUCACCCAAAAUCAUCCUACAGCCAAAUUUAUUUGUCUUUUCAAUGAAUUGAUUCAUUUAUGUUUGUUCAAUUUAAAUGAUUCUUUCAGGUUCAUUUCCCGAUUCCUUCCUUGGGACAAAAUUCAUUGGUUCCCUGAAUGUCAGAGGAGAGAAGCUUGGUCAUAACCGAAAGAUUCAUUGAUUCAAACCCUACCCAUUGAAUGAGCAAGCAGCAAAUCACUUAUAAGCAAAAGAUUCACUGAAUCAUACAUCGAGCCCUUGAUUGUCAGAAGAGAGAAUCUUGGUCAUGACUGAAAGAUUCAUUGAUUCAAAUCCAACCCAUUGAACAAGAGGAGGAGCGAAUCUCUUAUGAGCAAAAGAUUCACUGAUUCGUACAUCGAGCCCUUGAAUGUCAGAGGAGAGAAUCUUGGUCAUGACCAAAAGAUUCACUGAUUCAGACAAUGAGCCGCUGAACAUGAAAGGAACGAAUGUCUAUCAUGACUGAAAGGUUCACUGAGUCAAACCCGGACCCACUGAACACAGAGUGAAUCUCAGGAAAAGGAAACCGAAAGAUUCACUGAUUCAAGCACUGACCAGCUGAAUGUGAGUCGAGUGAAUCUCAUUCAUGACUGAAAAGAUUCACUGACUUGAGGCACAGAAAUAGCAUUGCCAUACUUUCAGAUUCAGAGAAAUACAGAUAUAAUGUAAACCAAUGAAAAAUAUGUUUUAUAAUCACGUACUAAGGCUAUUUAAUGAUGCUUGAAUCAGGCAGGAACGACUCACUGCAUGGCUGUGAUCAUUAACCUUAGUGACUCGUUCAAAAAGUCUAAAUCAUCCACAAAUGUGUGUUUGGAUUUUUUUUUUUUUUUGUAGCCUUUGAAUUUUGAUCAUUACUUAACCUUUUUCUGGGUUUACACUACUGUUUUAAUAUUGCAUCCUACAGUCCCAGGAAAUUACAAUAUGUUUUCAAAUUUUAUGAGCUUUAUGGAUAUAUUUCAGAAAGUCCAACAAAAUGAGACAGCAUGUGGAAUGUGCCAAAUAGCCAUCCUCAUGCUAUCUCCCCAAUGAGACAGACUUAAACUCGGGAAAUCAAACGCUGCUCAUAAAUCUUCCGACUGAAAGGAACACAAGGGGGAAGUGAGAAUAACGAUGUAAUGGGAGUUGAAUUUCAUGAUUUAUCGUAGUCCUGAGUAUCAGCACAUGUCCAGAAGAUCAUCAUACUGAUUCAUGCUUGUGUGGAAUCUCUCCAUCCUGUAAAUGUUUUCAGGUGCAUUUUAUUCUGCCUUCCGUCAGUUUUUGGAUUUUUACUCAACGCUUUAUUGAGCCUGCUGUAGCCACAGACACUCUACAAUUCAAAUUAAAUUAUGUGACCUGAUAUAAAUGUGAGACUUUGUUUUUUGUUAUGAGCUAUAAUGGAUGGGUUCGGCUACCCAGAAGGUCAUGGAUAGUCCGAGUGUAUAUUUGUAGAGACAAAGUGAAGGGUUUCAUUAAGGACAUACUCCAGUGCAUGUCUUAUGUCAAGGUCUUAUAUAUUCUAAUGAAAGUAAGUGGACUUGGUCAAACUUUUUCUGGAGUGGGUGGGGUUGGUCAGACUUUCUGUAGGAGUAGGCAGGAUUGGUCAGAGUGAGUGGGAUUGGUGAAACUUUCUGUAGAAGUGGGCA